UAUCCAAGCCAAGAAUAAGGAAGCAUUUCUGAAAAGUUUCUUCUUGUGUUCUUCUCCAGUCUUUCCUCCCAAAUCUUUAUUUCCAACAAAGUGGUAUCAAAGCUAACUUCCAAAGAUGAAUAGUACUUUUCCCUUUGUAGUUCCCAAACUUACAAAGGAGAAUUAUGGAUAUUGGUGUAUCCACAUGAAGGCAUUGCUUGGCUCACAGGAAGCAUGGGAGGUUGUUGAGAAAGGCUAUGAUGAACCAAAGAAUGAAGGAGUCUUGAAUCAAAAUCAGAAGAAUGCUUUGCAGAAGCUUCGAAAGCAAGAUCAACAUGCCCUCUCUAUCAUAUACAUGGGCUUGGAUGAAGCUCUUAGAGUGUCUUCCAUUGUCAAUCAAAUGAGGCGUUAUGGAGAGAAGAUUGAAGAUGUACGUGUUGUGGAGAAGAUUCUCAGGUCACUUGACUCAAAACUUGAGUUUGUGAGUGUUGCCAUUGAAGAAUCAAAUGACCUGGAUUCCAUGACCCUUGAUCAACUCAUGGGGUCCUUACAAGCAUAUGAAGAAAGACUUAAAAGGAAGCAAGAACCGGUGGCCCAAGUUCUCCAAACUAAGGUCUCUUUGGGAGAACAAGAGCAAGAGCAUGGACAAUCUCAAGGAAGAGGUCAAAGUCGAGGUCGAGGCCAAAGUCCUGGUCGUGGUCGAGGAGGAAAUUUUGGCUGUGGCCAAGGAAGAGGAAGAAAUGAAGGUGGCCAAAAUUUUAACAAUGAAGAGUCGAGCAAUCAACCACGAGGACAUGGAAAUUAUGGUUCAAAGAGAGGAAGUGGAAGAGGGUAUGACAAGUCUAAUAUUCAAUGUUAUGCUUGUCACAAAUAUGGCCAUUAUGCCAAUGAAUGUCACUUGAACUUUGGUGGCUUAAAGGCUUUAGCGAGUGAAGAGAUGGUGAAUGGGUUGCCCAAAAUUAAUCACCCCAACCAACUCUGUGAAGGAUGUCUUUUUGGCAAGCAAGCUAAAAAAAGUUUUCCAAAGGAGGCCAUUUUUAGAGCAUCCAAGCCACUCCAACUGGUUCAUGCGGAUGUGUGCGGACCAAUCAAACCAUCAUCAUACGGUAAAGCUAAUUAUUUCUUGCUCUUCAUUGAUGAUUUUUCUCGCAAGACUUGGGUUUUCUUUUUGAAGGCAAAAAGUGAAGUUUUUGGAGCAUUCCAAAAAUUCAAAGCUCUUGUUAAGAAGGAGAGUGGUUACUCUAUCAAAGGCUUAAGGACUGAUCGAGGAGGAGAAUUCACUUCAAAGGAAUUUCAAAAUUUCUGUGAAAAUAAUGGAAUUCGUCAUUUCCUCACUGUUCUGAGUAUUGCUUUUAUUCAUGUUCCAGAUGAGAAGAGAUCAAAGCUUGAUGGAAAAAGUGAGAAAUUUGUCUUCAUUGGCUAUGAUUCAAGCUCCAAAGGCUACAAGUUCUACAAUCCAUCCAAUGGGAAGAUUGUAAUCAGUAGAAAUGCUGAGUUUGAUGAAGGAAGCUCAUGGGAUUGGAAUGUCUCUCAAAAUGAAGAAUAUGUCAUCUUUCCUUUGCAAGAAGGAGAAUCCAAACAAGACACAAGGCAAGAUGUUGUUACUUCACCUCACUUUCCUCAUGGAUCUCAAUCACCUAAGGAUUGUUCUUUUGAAGGGCCACUACGUACAAAAAAUCUUGCUAAUAUUUAUGAAGAAACUGAGGUGGUUGAUAAUCCAAGUUUCUUUUGUCUCUUUGUUGACAUCGAACAUUUAAAUUUCGAAAAGGCAACAGUAGACAAGAAAUGGAAGCAUGCAAUGGAUGAAGAGAUUAAAGCAAUCCAAAAGAAUGGCACAUGGGAGCUGGUGACUCUUCCAAAAGGGAAAAAGGCAAUUGGCAUGAAGUGGGUGUACAAAGUGAAGAAAAAUGCUCAAGGGAAAGUGGAGAAAUAUAAGGCAAGGCUUGUUGCAAAGGGUUAUAUCCAGGAAUAUGGCAUUGACUAUGAUGAGGUGUUUGCCCCUCUUGCUUGCUUGGAAACCAUUCAGUUGAUUAUCUCCUUGGCAGCUCAAAACAAGUGGAAAAUUUAUCAAAUGGACGUUAAGUCCGCUUUCUUGAAUGGCUAUCUUGAAGAAGAAGUCUCCAAAGGCUACAAGUUCUACAAUCCAUCCAAUGGGAAGAUUGUAAUCAGUAAAGAUGCUGAGUUUGAUGAAGGAAGCUCAUGGGAUUGGAAUGUCUCUCAAAAUGAAGAAUAUGUCAUCUUUCCUUUGCAAGAAGGAGAAUCCAGACAAGACACAAGGCAAGAUGUUGCUACUCCACCUCACUUUCCUCAUGGAUCUCAAUCACCUGAGGAUUGUUCUUCUGAAGGGCCACUACGUACAAAAAAUCUUGCUAAUAUUUAUGAAGAAACUGAGGUGGUUGAUAAUCCAAGUUUCUUUUGUCUCUUUGUUGACAUCAAACCGUUAAAUUUCGAAGAGGCAAUAGUAGACAAGAAAUGGAAGCAUGCAAUGGAUGAAGAGAUUAAAGCAAUCCAAAAGAAUGGCACAUGGGAGCUGGUGACUCCUCCGGAAGGGCAGAAGGCAAUUGGCAUGAAGUGGGUGUACAAAGUGAAGAAAAAUGUUCAAGGGAAAGUGGAGAAAUAUAAGGCAAGGCUUGUUGCAAAGGCUCAAAACAAGUGGAAAAUUUAUCAAAUGGACGGACAUGAAGAAAAAAUCUUGAAAUUGAAGAAGGCGUUGUAUGGCUUGAAGCAAGCGCCAAGGGCAUGGUAUUGCCGCAUUGACAAAUAUUUCCAAGACCAUGGCUUCACCAAAUGUCCACAUGAACAUGCUCUUUAUAUCAAAGAAGACAAAACUGGAGGCUUUAUGCUAGUGUGCUUGAAUGUUGGUGACUUGAUCUUCACCGACAAUAAUGCAAACAUGUUUGAAGAACUUAAAAAGGCAAUGACUCAAGAAUUUGAGAUGACCGACAUUGGUCUCAUAUCCUACUACCUUGGAAUUGAGUACGAUGAAAGUACAAAGGUGGAUCCCUCUCUGUAUAGAAGCCUUGUUGGAAAUAUGAGAUAUUUGACUUGCACACGGCCAGACAUUCUCUAUGGUGUUGGUCUUGUGAGUCGGUACAUGGAGGCACCUACUUCAACACACAUGACGAUGGCAAAGAGAGUACUUCAAUACAUCAAAGGUAUUGUUGAUUAUGGCCUAACUUAUUCUUUUUCCACAAAUUUCAAACUCUAUGGCGACAGUGAUAGUGACUGGGGUGGUAAUGUUGAUGAUCGGAAAAGCACCACCGGCUUUCUAUUUUUCUUGGGUGAUACUGCUUUCACUUGGUGUUCAAAAAAGCAAGCCAUUGUAACUCUCUCUACUUGUGAAGCUGAAUUUGUUUCUGCUGCAUCAUGUGUCUGUCAUGCAAUUUGGCUAAGGAAGUUGUUGGAGAUGCUGCGCAUACCUCAAGAUGAAGCUACAACCAUUUACAUAGAUAACAAGUCAGCUAUUGCUUUGGGAAAGAAUCCAAUGUUUACUGAUCGAAGCAAGCAUAUAGACACCAGAUAUCACUUCAUAAGGGAUUGCAUUGAGAGGAAAGAUGUACAGCUUGUCUAUGUGAAGACUAAUGAGCAAAUUGCAGAUAUUUUCACUAAGGCACUAAAGUUUGAAGAUUUUGCAAGACUGCGUGCUUGGAUUGGAGUGACUAAAGGUGAUCAAGUUUAAGGGGGGGGUGUUGGAAAAAUAAACUUGAUUUAUUAAUCUCCUAUUUUUAGUCAUGUACCUGCAUAGUUCAUGUGCUAGCAUAGUGCAUGUACCCAUUUAUUUUAUCUUUACAGUUUCUAGGAGUUGCAUUUAACUGUUUUGGGUUUGGAGUCUUUUGUGCCUAUAAAAUGGCUUGUGCUUG